AUGCCAGCGGAGGCGGCGGAUUUGCUUCCAAGCAUGCCCUUCCAGAAGCACGUCUACUACCCGCUCGCCAGCAGCCUGGAGGGUCCCGACGGCCCCGCAGCUGCCUCGGCCGCGCGAUCCGCGAUGGCCAGUGCCCCCCACAGCGCGGCGUCGGGCCCCCUGCCCUUCUUCCAGUUCCGGCCGCGGCUGGAGAGCGUGGACUGGCGGCGGCUGAGCGCCAUCGACGUGGACAAGGUGGCGGGGGCCGUGGACGUGCUGACGCUGCAGGAGAACAUCAUGAACAUCACCUUCUGCAAGCUGGAGGACGAGAAGUGCCCGCACUGCCAGUCGGGGGUGGACCCGGUGCUGCUGAAGCUCAUCCGCCUGGCGCAGCUCACCAUCGAGUACCUGCUGCACUCCCAGGAGUUCCUCACGUCGCAGUUGCACAACCUGGAGGAGCGCCUCCGCCUGAGCAUGGCUGAGGGUGAGCAGAACAAGAAGCUCCUCGCCAAGCAGGCUGGGGAGAUUAAGUUACUCAAGGAAGAGUGUAAACGCAGGAAAAAGAUGAUCUCGACCCAGCAGCUGAUGAUCGAGGCCAAAGCCAGCUAUUACCAGUGCCAUUUCUGUGACAAGGCCUUUAUGAACCAAGCUUUUCUACAAAGUCACAUUCAGCGCCGCCACCCCGAAGAUUCUCAUCUCGACUAUAAGAAAAAGGCACAGACUGAUAAGCUCCAGAGUGAGAUUGAUAUGCUGAAGGAGCAGCUGCAGCUCACCAGGUCUCAGCUGGAGGCUGCACAGCACGCCCACGCUGUCAGGUUCUCUAAGGAAUAUGAAAUGCAAAAAACAAAAGAGGAAGAAUUUCUGAAGUUAUUUGAUAGAUGGAAAGAAGAAGAAAAGGAGAAACUAGUUGGCGAAAUGGAAAAAGUCAAGGAAAUGUUUAUGAAAGAGUUUAAAGAAUUGACUUCCAAGAAUUCAGCAUUAGAAUAUCAAUUGUCAGAAAUCCAGAAGUCCAACAUGCAGAUCAAGUCCAACAUAGGCACGUUAAAGGAUGCACAUGAAUUUAAAGAAGAACGUCCUCAGUAUCCCCAGGAUUUCCAAAAUGUGAUGCAACUUCUUGACAGUCAGGAAAGCAAGUGGACGGCCCGAGUUCAAGCUCUUCAUCAAGAACACAAGAAAGAGAAGGGCCGGCUCUUGUCACAUAUAGAGAAACUUCGAACCUCCAUGAUAGACGAUCUCAAUGCAAGCAAUGUUUUCUACAAGAAAAGGAUAGAAGAGCUAGGGCAGAGACUCCAGGAACAGAAUGAACUGAUUAUCACGCAGAGACAACAGAUUAAAGAGUUUACCAGUAAACCAUUAAACAGCGUCAGUGAACCCAAAGGGAAUCCUUCAACUUGGCAAACUUUUGAAUCUAAGCCAACUGCCCCAGCUGUACCUAUGAGUGCCUCAGCCGCACAGACUGUGGAUGCUAAAUCAGGUCUCACAAUGGCACAUGAACAGGCAUUCUCAUCGCACAUACUGGAACCAAUAGAAGAGCUUUCAGAGGAAGAAAAAGGAAGGGAGAAUGAACAGAAAUUAAAUCACAACAAGAUCCACUUAAGGAAAGCUUUGAAGAGUAACCCCUCCCUCAUGAAGGAAAUAAGGAGUGUCUUGGAGCAGAGUUUGCUAGAGAAACUGGAAACCUUUGGGAUUAAUGCGGAUAUACGUGGAAUUCCAAGCGAUCACUUCAGUAGGGUGCUAAGAACUGUGGAAUCAGCGAGACAUGAACGAGAAAGACAAAUACCCAACAUUCAGAAAAUUCGAGAAUUCCUUGAAGAUGAGGUCAGCUGUAAAAUUGAGGAGAGAACCUUACUGUCCUCAGAUAAGUACAGUGCUCCUCCUCAAGUGGAUACCCUUUCAAAUGGAGAAAUACCCAAGGCGGUACAGCUUCCUCCCAGAAGCAGACAGCUGAUAAGACAAAGACCUGUUUUUACCGAUAGGACAUCUGUCCCAAAAGUUAAGAAAAAUAUCACAGAAGAUCAUUUUCCCAGAAAAUCUUCAACUAUUACGACGCCUCCGUUCAGUUCGGAGGAGGAACUGGACGGUGAUGACCUCAUGCAGGCCUGCGCAUCCCCAGACUUUCUUCCUGUGCAGCCGUCCGAAAGCAACAAGAGCGGCUUUGGGAAGAACAUUGUCAAAAGCGACGCUGACUGGACCGAGGGAAGUGAAACUGAGGACUCCGACAUUUCUCCCAAGCCCACAGGAACCUCCAUUAAAACACUGACUGAAAAAGUUGAAAAGACGGUGUCAAAUCGCAGAAACGUGACUAAGCCAGUUGGUGGAAUUAAUGUUGCUGAGGCGUUCAUCAAAAAAGAAUUCAAAGAAGAACUAAAGUGUGCGGAUGUGGAGGAUGAUGACUGGGACAUAUCCUCCAUAGAGGAGGAAAGAUCUCUGGGGAAGAAAACUGGGCGAGAACAGAGGGAACCUCUACCUGUGAAGAAUGAGUCAAAUUCUACUCAAGUGCCAAGCGCCUGGGGUGCGUCUAAUCUGAAGGGGCCAAAAGGAGAAGGACUUCAAGAUGAAUCCAGCACGCUGAAAAGCAGCUUAGUAACUGUGACUGAUUGGAGCGACUCUUCAGAUGUAUAACCACAGCCUCAGAGUCAGAAGGUGCAGAUGCCAACGGGAUUCCAGUAAUCUGCCCACAAGAUUCUAGCGCUCCUGCCUUACAGUAUUUCCCACAAUAACAAGGAAGCUGAUUCAGAGAACAAGGGUCUCUUUAACAGCACCUAAUUCAGUAUUGAAAAACAAAUUGUCAACAGUAUUUUGAAGCAUAUAGAGGGUGUUUAAGACUUCUGCUUAAAAUUAAUAUAUCAUUUUAAGUCAUAAAAAGUUUUUUCUUCAGAACGGUACUCUAGUGUUUAAGUGUAUUUUUUCAACUAAUUUUUAAGUGAAUUUUUUUAAACUUAUAGGUUUUGGUUUGAAUUAAAAACUUUUUUUUUUAAUAUCUUUCUUAUGUGCGUUAUCACACUGGAAGUGUUUUAUUACAAAAUUCUGUUAGUAUGCUUAAACUUGAAUUAGUGAAAUCAAUGAAAUCUUAAGAGUAGAUUGGUUAUUUUUCAUAUAGAAGUAAGUUUAGAAUUAUAAAAAUAUAGCUAGGCCCAUAUUAAAUACCUUUUCCAGAAGUAUGUGUAUCAUACGCCGCCUUGAGCCGUUGUAAGCAUGUUGUAUUAAACAAUUAUUUUAGAACAUUAAAUACCAUUUCUGCAGUAUAAUCUUUGCCUUGGACAUUUUAUGAAGAAAAUGUAGCUGUUUUCAAUCAGAAUCCGAAUAGAAAAGAUUGAGUCAUUACUGAAUUCAUACGUGUAUGUGGGUU